UUCGCAGAAGCGCGUCGAACAGAUGGAUCUUGCAAAUUCUGCUAAAAACGCCCAGCAGAAUUUAAGCAUAAGUGACAACGAGAACUCUGAAUUAUUCAAAGACGACUCAAAAUGGACUCGACUGACGAAACUGAAGCAAGAGGAAAGGACUGUGAGGGUCAUUCUCACGUUGUGUCUGAUUUUCCUUGGUGCCCUAACAGUACUGUCCGUUAUUGCAUAUCUGGAGUUCUCUGUUGCUAUUAAAGAACUGCAAGAUUCAGUUAAAAAUAUCACUGGAUCAAGCACACACCCAGGAAACGAAGCACAGGUCGGCUACGCGGAAAGAUUUGACUACAGUAAAUCAGAGCAAGAAAGGAAAACCUCUGCGAUAAGGAUUUCGAAGGAAUUGAGUGAGUUGAAAGAGUCUGUCAAGCAGCUGAAUACCGAACUCCAACAGCUGCAAGGACAAAAGAUGAAAGACAACAUGAAACAACUGCAAGACUCACAGAGACAAAUAUUUUCUGAUCUUCAAAAUCUCAAAGAUUUACAGAUCAGUGAUCAGAUUAACCAGCUGCAAACCUUAAUGGAUACUCUAAACGUGUCCACACAUUUUGAUCUACAAAGUCUUAAACAACAAGACCUACAGAUUUCAGUGGAAAUGAAUCAGUUACAAGAAUCUGACAAGCACUUGAGUUCUGAACUGCAACAACUGAAAGGACAAAAGAUGAAAGACAACAUGAAACAACUGCAAGACUCACAGAGACAAAUAUUUUCUGAUCUUCAAAAUCUCAAAGAUUUACAGAUCAGUGAUCAGAUUAACCAGCUGCAAACCUUAAUGGAUACUCUAAACGUGUCCACACAUUUUGAUCUACAAGGUCUUAAACAACAAGACCUACAGAUUUCAGAUGAAAUGAAUCAGUUACAAGAAUCUGACAAGCACUUGAAUUCUGAACUGCAACAACUGAAAGUUAAGAACGCAAAAGAUGACGAGAAGGAUUCAUUUGCUUCUAUUACACUGGUUUCUGAGGAACUGAGCCUUGUGAAAGAAGACGGUCAAAAGAUGAAGGAGAACAUGAAACAAUUGCAAGAUUCACAGAGACAAAUACUUUCCGAUUUGCAAAAUCUCAAAGAUUUACAGACCACUGAUCAGAUUAACCAACUACAAACCGCUAUGGAUAUUCUAAACAUGUCCACCCACUUAGAUCUGCAAAGUCUUAAACAAGAAGGCCUUCAGAUUUCAGAGGAAAUGUAUCAGUUACAAGAAUCUGACAAGCGCUUGAGUUCUGAACUGCAACAACUGAAAGGGCAAAACCCAGAAAGCCUGCAAAACUCACAGAAAAAAAUACUUACUGAUCAACAAAAUCUCAAAGAUUUACAGCUCGGUGAUCAUAUUGGCCAAAUGCAAACUCUUAUGGAUACUCUAAACAUGUCAACUCUAUCUGAGCUACAAAAUCUUAAACAAGAAGGUUUCCAGUUCUCAGAAAACCUAAAAGUGAUUACUGGUUCUAUUACUAAUGUUAAUGUUUCGUUGUUAUCCAGACUUCAAAGAAUGGAACAAAAUGCUGUAACUGUACUUACCAACAUUCAAACAAUGCAGGAUUCUCUCUCAAGGCUUAGAGUGAAUGUGCAGACUCUGAAGGCAACAGAUAAACAGUUUUCUGAAGACCAAAAACAGAGCUCCAAUUCCACAGAGUUAUUCAAAAAUUCAUUUUCAUCUCAGCUCCAGAAUGUGAAGUCACUUGUCUCAAGCUUAUCUGACAAGAUGCUAAAGCUGGAAGAAUCGAAUUCAAACCUGAGGGGGAUGUUACAGUCCAAGGUCAGGAAUCACUGCCCAGAACAUUGGAUGUUAUACGCUGGCAGGUGCUAUCUAUUUUCAUUGACUGAGGAGACCUUUACAAAUGCAAAGAGACAAUGUGCAUUAAAACAAUCACAUCUUGUGGGGAUUAACAGCAAGGCAGAACAGAAAUUCAUUGCUGAUCACACAUAUUCCAAGUUUUACUGGAUUGGACUCACUGACUCAUUGCAAGAAGGUGACUGGAUUUGGGAAGAUGGUACAAGCUACUCAAGUUCUCCAAAAUUCUGGAAGCCUGGUCAACCAGAUAACCACAAUAAAAUGGAACAUUGUGCUCACCUUGUUGCUCGAGGUCUGUGGAAUGAUGGUCCUUGCAGCAGGAAGUAUAAAUAUAUUUGUGAAAAAAUGCCUGACUGAUGUAAUAUGAAGAGAACAUUUAUGAAGAAGAGCAAACAAAAGAAUUUCAAAGUAACUGAAUAUUAAGCGUAAAAUGUCUGAUUCUUAUAAAAUGCCUAUUAACAUAAUUAUCACUGUUUGCUCCGUAUGCUCUUUAAAAGAUUUGGUCAUUCCAGAAUAUUCCAUGCACACAUCCAACAAAGAUCAGUUUUUGAAGAUUGCCAUGUGUUCUUUCCUUAAAGUAUAUCUUGCUUAACAUUACAUUAAAAUUAAUUAUUAACGAGAAGUUGUCUGGGCAAGAAUUAUUUACCAGGAAGUUGUAUACAAAUAUAUUCCAAUUUUUUCAUGAAAUGUUCAUUGAAAUUGCUUUAGUUGACUCUGUAACUCAUAUAAAUCUCAUUGGACAGUAUUUUCUGCGACAUCUUUCAAAGUAUUACUGAACAUUAUGAUUACAAUAAAGCUUUUACAUAACGAAGG